CGAAGAAGAAAACCACCCAGCGUGUUUGCUAACUGGCUAGUGGCUAGCUAGCUCAAAUGCUCCUACUCCGUACUGUCCAACCCGUAACAGUUAUGGAGCCGGUGAGGGAGGACCCUCCUGUAUCCGAUGCUCCCUUCUUCACCAAAGACGCUUAUGAUCAAUAUUCCCUUGCACCCAGUGUUAGAGAGCUGUGGAGCUCGCUACAAAGUCCUGCAGAGAAUGCCAGUGGUGCUCAGUCUGGACCAAAGUCUACUACCAAAAAGGUUGCAGAGUUUAAAAACAGCAGCAAUAAAGAUGAUUCCCCCUGGGAUGCCAUGGACACUGACACGUCUUUCAUGGACGAUUCUUUGGAGUCUCCAGGAGGAUUUAAAAAUCCCCCAAAAGCAAAUGUGCAGAUGAAGAACGCGGGUGGUGAUGUUUUCCCUCAACCCAGACUGCCCUUCCCGUGUGUGUCCAGUCUGUCCAGCAAAGAGCAGAGGGCGUAUGUUGACAUUUUGUGUAAGAAAUCCAGAGAUCCUCCCGAGCACCUGAAAGCCCGAGUAGACCAAGAAGUGAUGCAAUUUCAGAGGUACUUGCAAGAUGUGGCCAAAGUAUGUGCAGACGACUACAAUUUCAUAUCACAAGGAGCUCUACAAUAUGCAGAGGAUUAUUUGAGGGCACGUUUGGAGCAAAUCCAAACAUUGCCCCAGCUUUAUCAGAUCUGCGAGAUGACCAGUUUGACUGGCGGAACGUUCAACCCGGGACUGUGUCUCACCUUUGAAAAGCAGCUUGUUGUCAUGGGCAGUAUGGAUAUCACAAGCCACGUAAUAAUGGCUGCUGAUGCGCAGCUUGCAACGGAUUAUCAGAGUGUUUCAUCAGAAAAUCCUCCAGCCAAAAAAGCUAAGGACAUACACGCUGCAAUCAGCAGUGACGAUAAUGCCGAGAAGUUGUGUGCACGCUACGAGCCGCACGUGUGUCUCACCCGGGAGGCCUUGGUCACGCUGUUGGACAACCACGGCCCUGAUUUUGCUCAGAGAUGGGAACUUCCGGUUACCAUUCAAAUGAACCAUGGCAAAGGUGUGAGUCAGAAGAAGACUGUUUACAUAGAAUCAGCCCUAAUAGACAAUGAAAUAACCGUGAGACAAAAGACUCUCAUCUACCACGAGGAGAGUUUGAAGCUCUCGAUUAUAAAGAAUGGAACAAGAAACAUGUCCCAGUUAAUGACCGAACUUCCUUCGCUGGAGGGCCCCCAAAGAAAUGUGAUGUCCCUUGCCGGUGAUGACCUCGACUUUGGUGUGGAUGUCACUGACCUGGAGACUUUUGGAGAGGUGCCAGUCACGAGAUGGAAGAAAACACAAAAUGAGCAACUGAAACGUGGUCAAAGUGCGAGCCAGGCGAAACAGCUCGCUAAUCCUCCGGGGGAAGGGAUGUGCAGCUCCGCGGAAGAUCUCAAGCAUCACCUGGCAACAGAGCAGACGAUUCCGACGGUUGAGACAAACGCCGCAAAGCCAGCGUGCGAAUCUGAAAAGGAAAGUGACCUCGAGGAUGACAACAGACUGAUCAUUGACGACUCAACGCCACUGUCUACAGCCGCGACGCCCUCCACGUUUCCCGCCGAGUCGGUCACCUCUCCUAAAGGGCCGACGACACGGAGGCAAGCGUCCAAAAGAGCCAAAGGCCCGGCCGACCAGCUGGGGGAGAUCUUGCGCAUGCAGACGGCCACGUUCAGCACGGCCAGUGACGUCGCAAGCAAAAGCCACACCUUGUCCCAGGAGAGCGUUUCACCCACCCCAUGCGUGGAGCCCCCACGACACACCCUCCCGCUAUCGCUCGUGAAACCAUGCGUCACCUCUUACUUGGAGAGGAACCGGCCGCACAGUGGAGAAAGCUCAUCUGUUCCUCCAGUGAUCCACAUGAGCUCCCCAGAGAAGAAAAAAAUAUUGUCUCAGGAGCUGCAGGCUGGCGCCGAAAACCAACAAGACUACACGUCCCCGGAGAGCGGCAACCUGAUGUAUGAGCUCUUCAGUCUCCAAGACGUUCUCAUCGUAGUACGGAGCUCAGUCUCCCUAGCUCGAAAAGUGGUUAAAAACUCCAGCCAGUUUGUGCCGGUGCAUGUUUUGCCCAAGCUGGAGUACCAGCUGUGUCACGGGGUCGAGUGUCUGACCAGCAGCGAGGCUUGCCAGCUGUGGACGGAAACGGCACUGCACGCCACGACAGUGUCCUUCGUAGCUCACAUCAAUCCACACACUUCUAAAGUUGCGCUGCUCAGAAGGCUGCCUGACGCGUGGCGACAAAACAGCUCCUGCGGGUUCAACCCGGUGAAGUCACUCAACAUUCUGCACCACCUUUUGAAAAAGCUGACAAAAAUGGAAGAAGGGCAAUACCUGAUCACCCACAAACCAGGGGAGCCUUUUGUGACUUUCCUAAAAGUGACCGAUGAGAAAGUGUGUCGAACCGCUUACGACUUGCACCGAGUCCACGGCCAUCUCCCCCGGCCUCCCGAAAAUGGCCCCGUGCCGUGGAUACCCGUGGAUCCCACCGUGGUGCUGCCUUUUCACAAAAACCACGGACGUGUCCCCUGCACCUUUCCCCCGCAAUCUGUGCCACAGGCUUCAAUCGAUGCAAAUGCGGCAGGGACAGCGGGCAAGCCAGGAGGGAAGAAGAAGAAGAAAAAAAAGAAAAAAAACUACUACUCAGCAAAUCGCAACAAUUCCAUUCAAAAAGUCAUCCAGCAUCCAUUUUAAGAUCUCUCAGCAUGUUAUAUGCGAGAUACUCCAUGCUAAAACCCUCAAAGUAGUUUCUAUGUUUUCUAAAGCAGCCAUGAUUGUAUAUGUUCUCAGUUGUACUUUUCUAAAAUGGAAGCCCAAUAAAGUUGCAAACCUGAGGGUCACCUGAUUA